AUGGCUAACGACGAAUGUUCUCAUUCUGCGAUACAAGGUCUGCCAGGUGCUUCUCAAGCGUUGCAGACAAGUGAAGACGAAAAUCAAAAGUCCUGCUGGGUAUGUUUUGCGACUGAAGCUGAUGACAAGUUGGCGGCAUGGGUGCAACCUUGCAAAUGUAUUGGCACCACAAAGUGGGUGCAUCAAAGUUGCCUUCAACGCUGGGUGGAUGAGAAGCAACGUGGAAACAUAAGCCACAAGGUCCUCUGUCCACAGUGCAAAGCCGAAUAUAUUGUUGUUUUUCCGUCGAUGGGAGCCUUUGUGGCUUUAUUGGAUUCAUUGGAGGAAAUCACCCACAAAAUUAGUCCAUUCAUAGCGGGUGGUGUGCUACUGGGCUCGAUAUAUUGGAUUGCAAUCACAUAUGGAGCUGUUACAGUCAUGCAGGUGGUAGGACACAGAGAAGGAUUAGAGAUGAUGGAAUCAGCGGACCCGCUGGUUCUUCUGGUAUUGUUGCCUACAAUUCCUGUCACGUUGAUCAGUGCCAAGAUGUAUAAUUGGGAAGACUCGGUUCUCCUGUUCCUGAGGAAGUAUUGCGCAAAGAUACCGGCUCUGGCUUAUAUAUUGCCAUUCGGCAAUGUGGAAGGAGACAGAAGCUCUAUAGUACCGGACCAAACAACCAAUGCCAAUUCGAAUUCUAACGCACACAUGUCACCUACUAGAAUUUUCUGUUCUGCGCUACUUUUACCAACUAUUUCCACCAUAAUAGGCAAAAUAUUCUUCCGUUCUAUCAAAAAUAAUCUCCAUAGGACAAUUCUUGGAGGUCUAACUUAUAUUACGAUAAAAGGCGCGCUGAAAAUAUACCAUAAGCAAAUGCUUUAUAUUAGACAUUCCAGCCGAAAAAUUCUCGAUUACACAGAAUCGAAUUUAAAAUUGUACAGAGGCUCGAAUGUGCCGGGUAGAGCCGAAACAGUUUCAGCUACGAGGGACGAUUCUGAACAAGUCGUCUAA